GAAAGCGUCCUCACCGAAGCCUCGAAGCCUCUGAGCCCGCGCCCGGCUCCAUGUUUCACGCCUUGGGCGGCCUGCCUGCGCCAUUGGCGACUGCGCAGCUCCAGCCGCCGCGGGCAGGCGGAGGCCUCCGAGCCGCGCCGAGCUCGGCGGGCGCGGCGGCUUCGACGGCUGAGGCCGGCGGCUUUGCGGCGGCGGCGGCGGCGGCGCUGGGGCGGCGGCCGAAGGCCACGCAGGAUUCGGUCUUCCGAUGGCUGGGCAAGGUUUUGCGGCAGCGCUGGGGCCAAGAGGUGCUGGACGCCGGGACGGGCCCGGACUCCUUGGGCUGGCUGAAGCGGCAGACCGCGGAGAAGGCCCCGGCGGUGACGGCGGUGACGGCCUGCGAAGGCAUGUACGCGACCAUGGAGGAUGAGGUCUUCCAGUUUCUCAGCCCUCAGGACCAGGUGUUGCUGGGCAACUGGCAAGACGAGUCCUUCCUGAAAGACCGCACCUUCGACGUGGUGCUGGCCGACUACCUGCUGGGAUCUGUGGAGCACUUCGCCCCCUACUUUCAGGUGGGGCUCCUGCGGCGUCUGGUGGGACUGGUGAAGGAGGAGGGGCUGCUGGUGCUGGUGGGCAAAGAGCCCCAGGAGCCCGGCGCUACAGCCUCCGCGGAGGCUUCCCGAGCGGCCGAGCUGGUGGCGGACGCGGAGAACUUCCGGGACGCGGUGAUGGUGUUGGGCCGUCAGAGGAGCUACAGGGAGAUGCCGCGGGCCUGGGUGGCGCGGCAGCUGUGGGGCCUGGGCCUGGAGCUGCUGGCGGGCCGCCGCUUCCCGCGGAAGCUCUCGCCCGAGAAGGUGGAACGGAAUUUGGCCUGGGCGGAGGAGGAGUUGGCGCACGUGGACAACGCCUUGCGCCCGGAUCUGGUGAGGCAUCUGGCGCGGCUACGCGCCCGGCUGCAGCAUUGCCCGCUGUCGGGCCUCACCUUCGGCCGGGGGGCGGGAAGGUGAAAUGGUCCGCCCAAGGUGAAUCGAGCU